CUUUGACCAGUUGCAAUUUGCUACGUGUUUUUGUUGCAUAGAACAUUUUGAAAGGAACUUGGCAGUGAUUCCGUUGAGGAGCUAAACGGAAACAAAGGCUUCAUUAUGUUGCCACGAAUUGAUCACAACACAGAAAACCUGUCUAAGACUCGGAACCAAUGCAAAGACCCCUUGGAAAGCAGAAAAGUAAAUCCUGCUAAAAGGCCUUACCGUCUACCACCUCUAUCCUCCACUUCAAGCCAACUAAAUGACCAUCCUUUAGGAUGUAGCUUCAGAUUUGCAUCACAGGAAACCAAUAGUGAAUUUCCAAAUCAUUUCAGUGAGAAGAGAGAGAAAAAUGGAUUGCCAGCACUGUACAAUAAACAACUAUAUGUGGGAUUACCCAGUAUUGAUGGCAAAGAUAUUGAGUUAAUGAGUGCAGGCUCCAGUGGGUAUAACUUGUCAGGUGUUGCCAAGCAACCUCUACUCUUACCAGAUGCAAUGAAAUCCAGAUCUUCAACUGCUAUUACAAAAAAAGAUGAUUUUCAACAUGAGCAACAUGAUCUAGAGCAAAUAUUUGAAUAUGUGCCAAUAUUUCGGACAGAAGAAACUUUCACAUCUGAUGGUGCGCCAUUAAAAUGCUCCAAUAAGACAAGAAAGAAUAGUGAAGUACCAGCUUCAUUAAAUGAGAAACCAUAUGUGAAGCUUCCCAAUGCUAAAGUCAGACAAAACGGGUCAACCAGUGAAUCCUCAAAUGGAAAUGUAUUUUCAGGAGCCGCCAAGAAGUUUCUACACUUACCAGGGUUGAUGCAAUCCAGACUUACAAUUCCCAAGCCAUUAAAAAAGAAUUUUUGGUAUGGACAACCAAAACAGCUUUAAAACUGUACCAAAGAAAAUAACCUAUCAGAUGUAACAAUGCAUCUCAUAUUUUAUGACUCACGUGAUAUCUGCCAGUUCUCUCAUGGUUGCGAGUCAAUACCUAGAAAUGCUUUACCUCGGACAUUAUGUUUGUUCGCUAUGCCAGGUGUUCCAUUUUGCCAAUAUCCUUCUGUAGCUUCAGAAAUAUCUUUCAAGACUUCUCAGACAUGUGUAUUUGUAAACACUAACGCCCAAAUACCAUCUAAUAUACUAGGGCAA